UACCCCCAUAACAUCACCCAUUUUCUCAGGCUACCCAGCUUCAAUUCAGCUUAAUUACCUCAAUAACAUCAAAUUCCUCAGCUCAGCUCAAUCAUGGAGUUCUUCCUCGGAAAAACAAUUCUCAUCACUGGCGCAACUGGCUUUCUCGCUAAAGUGUUGUUAGAGAAGAUACUCCGAACGCAACCGAAUAUCAAGAAGAUCUUCCUGUUAAUAAGAGCUAAGGAUUCUGAAUCUGCUAGACAAAGAUUUAAUAACGAGGUUUUGGAGAUUGAAUUGUUCAGAGUUGUGAAGGAGAAAGUUGGUGGCAGCCUCAGCCUGAGCGCCCUUGCGGAGGAGAAGGUGUUUCCGGUCCCCGGCGACAUUUCCUCCGGCGACGAAUUGGGGAUUGUAAACUCCCACCUAAAGGAUCAAGUCUUGAGAGAAGUAGACAUCAUUAUCAACUCAGCUGCAACUACCACGUUCGAUGAGAGGUAUGAUGUUGCGAUGAGUAUUAACACAUUUGGUGCAUUUAAUGUCCUCAAAUUUGCAAAGAAAUGUUCGAAAGUGAAGAUGCUUGUUCAUGUAUCCACCGCUUAUGUUUGUGGACAAGGGUCAGGAAUUUUACCAGAAAGGCCAUUGUAUCUGGGUGAAACACUUAAUGGCAACUCUUACUUAGACAUUGAAGUAGAGAAAAAGGUGAUAGAGGAGCAAUUAAAGGAGCUUGAAGCCCAGAAAGCAACUGAAAAAGAAGUGAGAUUAGCCAUGAAAGACUUGGGCAUCCAAAGGGCAAAACUGCAUGGAUGGCCAAACACAUACUCAUUCACAAAGGCAAUGGCAGAAAUGCUGCUAUUGGCCUCCAAGGAGAGUUUGCACCUCAUUAUUUUACGCCCCACAAUUAUAACUAGCACUUAUAAAGAACCUUUCCCUGGAUGGAUUGAAGGUGCAAGAACCAUAGAUAUUUUUGUAUUGAUGUACGGCAAGGGAAAAGCAAACUUCGUCAUGGGCGAUCCAAACACAAUACUUGACGCGAUUCCAGGUGAUAUGGUGGUGAACUCCAUACUUGCAGCACUUGUGCAUCAUGCAAAUCAUGAGUACUCUGCUCCUCAAGAAUUGAUCUACCAUGUUGGCUCUUCUUUCACCAAUCCUCUCAAAGCUAAUGAUAUUCAAAAACUGUUCUUUCGUUACUUCACCGACAAUCCAUGGUCCAGUAAGAGUGGAGAGAUCGUCAAAGUGCGCAAACCUGUGUUUCUUACCAGCAUGAAAGGCUUGCGAACAUAUAUUGCAAUUCAUUAUCUCCCAAUAUUAAAGGUAUUAAAGUUGCUGAACAUGAUACUCUUCAAUUAUUUUGAAGAGAAGUGCAUGACCGUAGAAAAAAAUAUCAACUUGGUCAUUCGUCUUGCCGAGCUUUAUAAGCCAUACUUGUUCUUCUAUGGAAGUUUUGAUGACACCAAUACUGAAAGAUUGAGAAGGGCUACUACAAAGAUGAAUCUGAGUGAGACGCUUUACUUCGACCCAAAUUGCAUCAAAUGGGAAGACUACUUCAUGAAGACGCACAUUCCUGGAGUUGUAAAAUAUUCAUUCUAAGGACUUUUAUUUGUCAUUAUAUUUCCUGUGGUAAUGAAUAAGAUGAUAAAAGUAAGGAUUUAUAUGUAUCAGCUUGAUGAUGAUGUAAUUGUUUUUAAUUAUUUUGUUCACAUUAUCUUUACACUUGAGUUGACAAUUAAAAUUUUACAAGAAGAUACUAUACCCUA